AGACGAUGACGUAGGCUAGUAGGGGUUGUCAGAUAAAGAAGUAGAACUUACUACCAAGAAAAACUGAGGCGAUACAAAAAUGGAAACGAUAGCACCAAACGAAUAACCGGAGCGAGUCUUCCAAAAAUGGGCGCUGUUUCUUUGUGCGCGUGGCGCGCAGGCCCUGCAUGCGAGGGGCGACUGUGUCAGGGGCCACGCCUUCCGUGUGCUUCUCUGUGGCUGGCCCCUAGAAGCGUAGCGCCAAUGCUUUCGGGGUCGUGUGUAGUGGGCAGGCCUCUGCCCGUGUUGCCAGCUCGGCCGUUCGUUGUUCGCUGGUGGAAGCGUUGGCCGCGCCUCGCCAGCGAUUGGCCCAACGGAAGGCGGAGGCCGUUCGCCCGACAGUGAUGAUGGCGAUGAAGAAACUCACGGGCGGCGAAAAGCUGGCGGGGUCAGAGGCGAGCGGCGCGCCCUCUCUUCCUUUUUGUCGUUGCUCAUCAGCGAGGCUGGCAGGCGA